AUCACAUGCCUUCCUCUCCAUCUCUAACCGAGUCAACGUUUGUGCGGAGACCGGACAAUCUGUUGGAUCUAAUUCCAAUUUCUUCUCCUCGGGAGCUGCUUGCUACUGUUGUUUUGCUGUGAAUGAAUUUUGGUAGCUCUUAGAAAAGAUGGACGCAUCCGCCGUGGUCCGUGUGGUGGAUAAGCUCAGCAAGCUCAUCUACCAAGAAGCAAACUACUUGGGCGGCUUCCGCGACGCGGUGGAGUGGCUGAACACUGAGCUGCACCGAAUCCAAUGCUUCCUCAAAGACGCGGAGCCCAAGGGAAGCAAGGGAGACGAAAGAGUGAAGAAUUGGGUGCGCGAGAUCCGAGGCGUGGCCUACGAGAUCGAAGACCUCAUCGACAUCAUCGGAGCUGCGUCCAAGAGGAAGAAUCACCGGAGGAGAAAACGAACCUUCGUUGGGUUAGCGUCAAGAUAUGCCACUGCCCCCUUUGACUAUUAUUCCCGGCACCAUCUUCUUUGCGGUAUCGAUCGGAUUAAGGAAAAGAUCGUGGACAUUUCUAGGAGCAGAGAAAUCUUUGGCGUUUCCAAUUUUGGUGGUAGCCGCGAUCCUGAUCGUGUGGAUGUCAACCUUCCCACGCCUCUACUCGCGUCCCCUGAUUUCGAGGAUGACGUUCAUCUCGUUGGCUUGGAGGAAGACAAGGAGCUACUGGUGCGGCACUUGAUCGAUCAGCAGAAUCAAUGGCGAAGCUUCGUUUCUGUAGUGGGCAUGGGCGGCCUCGGCAAGACUACCCUCGCCAAGAAGGUCUACCGUGAUCCUCGAGUCCGAAGGCAGUUCGACGUGCUGUGCUGGGUCAGCGUCUCCAAAAACUACAGAGGAGCCGAGUUCCUGAACUGCAUCAUCGAAAAAGUCAUGGGCCUCACCGGGGAGGAAUUGCUGAGGAUGAGGCGGGAGGAGCUCGAGAGGAAGCUCGAUCAGCAGUUCAAGUGUUGGGUGUAAAUUCGUUACAAUCUGUGUGAUUGUCUCAAAAGCUCUGUUUCACACUUCUGAGUGCGUAUCAGAUGUACAAAGACUUAUAAUCAAAUAUGUUUGAGCAGAUAAUCUCAAACUGUCGACUCUAGCGAGCCGAGCCACGUACCGAGUAGAUGAGUUGUGGACACCGUGAGUUGUCGAGCGGCGUCACGUUGCUGCUGAGAGUUGCUGACAGGGUGUCGAGAGUUGCAACACGAACUCAGA